AUGAGGAGAUCUGCAGCACCAAGUCGUCUUAAUGAAUCUCAAAAUUUGUCGUCAAUUAAUCGGAACCCGAUAAAAGCAGCCGACUACAAGUCAUUUUCACAUUGUCCUUCAAAUCCUAAGAUAGAUAAUCCGCCUACAAAUUCCAAUUUGUCACAUACUACGAAAUGCUUCAAGUUUUUUGAGGCUGUUUAUGCUAAAGCGUCGACUAAAAAGCAUAAAAAAUGGGAAGGUGAUGGUUUUGUAGAGGUCGACGGUCGAGUCGUAAAACUUAUUAAUGACAAGUUGAAAGUAAUAGCAUCUGCUUCCGGCCAUAAAUUAGUAUUUUUAAAUGAAAUCGAUAUUGGCUCCAUUGUUCAUGUUGGGCCUUAUGAAGCAGAGCUUGUUUCAUUAAUAGAGAAGCCACUGGUAGAUAAAUUUGUCUCAAAAUCACAGAAUAAUACUGAAGCGUUACACACACCGGCAGAAAUUUCGACAAGUAAAUCAAGUGCAAAACCCAAUUUUUCACCCAAGCCUUAUUUCAAAUCAAACUUCAAGGAGUCCUGUGAUUCUUCAAAUCAACUAAUUAUGCCCAAGCCUCCUGCUAACUGCAUUUGGUCUCAGAAUCCUGACAACCUGCCUAUUGUGGAUGUAGUCUUAGAGUCAAAGUUUGCUUCACGUCUACAGCCCCAUCAAUGUGAAGGUGUUAUUUUUUUGUAUAAAUGUUUGAUGGGAUUUCAACCAUAUGUUGCUUUAAAUGAAUCUGAUGCACAAACUACAUAUGGAUGUAUUUUAGCGGAUGAAAUGGGUCUUGGUAAGACUGUACAAGCUAUUGCCAUUAUUUGGUUAUUAAUUAAACAAGGACCGUAUGGAGGUAGACCAGUUAUUCGACGUUGUCUUAUUGUAACUCCAGGUACACUAGUUCAGAAUUGGCUAAAUGAAUUCUCCAAAUGGUUAGGUCGUGAACAGUUACCUGUGUAUUGUGUUGAUCAAAAUCAUACGGUUAAAAACUAUCUAACUAUGUCCAGCAGUUCGCCACAGGUGAUUCUUAUGUCUUAUGAAAUGUUUCUACAACAUACAAGUGAAAUUUAUACAAUUUCUGAUUUGGAUAUGGUUGUAUGUGAUGAAGGGCAUCGGUUGAAAAAUUCCAAUAUCAAUACAACUAUGGCACUUUGUCGAUUACGUGCCAAUCGACGUUUACUAUUAACUGGAACCCCAUUACAAAAUCAUCUAAAUGAAUUAUGGUCGUUGGCUAAUUUUUGUGUACCGGGACGUUUAACUUCAAGUUUAGAAGAGUUUCGUCGUCAAUUUGUUAUUCCAUUAUUGAAUAGUCGUAAAUUAGUACAAAAUGUUAAAAACACUGAUGUCGAUAACGAUUAUGAUUUGUGGAAUCUUACAGACUAUGAAAAGAGUAGUGAUGAUUUAGAAAGUCCAUCAGCGAAACUACUACGGCUACUAAACAGUUUCUUUUUAAGACGUACAUGUGAUGUCAUUGCACCAAAAUUAACUGAUAAAACUGAACAUAUUGUAUUUUGUCGUCCAAGUAAACUGCAAACUAGUUUGGAGGCUAUACUUACACAAUGGAUGAAAAAUGAAUUUAAUUUGAAUCGAAGUGAAUCUCUUAAAUUAUUCUCAAACGAUGAUGAUUAUGAUGAAAAUUUGGAUGAAUCUGUGGAAAAUGUAUCAUCACCUUUACGAUCAAAACACCAUAGUUCAAUUUUGUCAGUUAUUACAGCUUUCCGAAAACUUCAUAAUCAUCCGUAUUUAUUAAGAAAUUAUUUAAUCCAGUCGGAUUCUUUACAUAACCAAUCAGUUGAUCGUCUACCUACAAAAUUGACUACAGAUUUAUUGAAUUUGUUAAACGCUGAACAUUCACUAGUAGUUACACAAGAUUUUAUUCAAUUAUCUGGAAAAUUUCAUGUUCUUUAUAUCAUGUUACAAAGACUAUUUGACAAACAAACAUUGUCUUCGUCUACAUUACAUGAUAAUACAGUGAAUUUUCAGAAACGACCUCGAUUAUGUAGCAUUAAUAAUAAAAAUAAUCUACAUAUUAACGAUCGUCUUAUAUUAGUUUCUAAUUUCACUCAGACACUUAAUCUUUUGGAAAAUCUAUGUAAUUUAGUCACUGGACAACCAUCUCUUCGAUUAGAUGGUCAGACAACAAAUAAACAACGUGCUGAAAUUGUCCAAAGGAUCAAUGAUCCAAAAUCUCAUGAUCGUAUAUUAUUGCUUAGUUCACGUGCUGGUGGUGUGGGUUUAAAUCUAAUUGGUGCCAAUUAUUUAAUUUUAUUCGAUAUGGAUUGGAAUCCAGCCAAUGAUGCUCAAGCUAUGGCUCGUAUUUGGCGUCCGGGACAAUGUAGAUCGGUUAAUUUAUACCGGUUAGUCACAGCAGGCGGUAUGGAAGAACGAAUAUUUCAACGACAAGCAGCUAAAUUAGCUUUAACUAGUCAAACAUUAGUCAAUACUUCAUUGUAUAAUGAGAACCUGUUGAAAUUUAUUGAGGAACAGAAAAAGAAGCCUGAUAAAAAUCUUGGCAUUCUUACUCGUGAUGAAUUGAAAGAAUUAUUUUUACUUCCUACUACAUCAACAAAUUCAUGGACUCAUGAUCUGAUUCAGUGUAACUGUCAUCAAUCUGAAAAAAAGAAAACUUUCACUCCAAGUCCGUCUAUUUCAUCAUCAGCAUCGUCAUCAUCAUCAUUAUCAGACAAUGAAAACUCAACUGCUAUUGGUCAAAUUGCAGUGAAAACCUCUCCUGAUAAUGAUCAUGAAUUUGAUGAUAAGGAGAAUAGAAAAGAAGAAAUUGAAUCAAUUGAACACACUAUUCCUAUUGAUAGUGAUGAAAAUGACAAUGAUGAUGAUGCAUAUUGCAAUAUGAGAAUAUUUCAAUUAGGUCCGACCAAUCCAUUGAUUACUAACAGAUUGAAAUCAUCCAAUCAUUGUCAAUUCAAUAAUUUAAAACAACCGUCAACUUCUUCUAUGUUAUUGACAACUUCCAAAUUGCCAUCAUCUGAUUCACUUGGUUUUCUUUUGAAUUGGAAACAUUCUUUAUCAUCUGAACAAAUUGACCAAUUGAAUGAUCGACUUCUGCGAACACAUCAAUCGGAAUCGAUGAAAUCUUUAAUCAAUUGUGUAUUUACAUUAAAUUCAAAAACAUGUUAA